CCGGCCCUCAGCCCCGCCCCCCGCGCGCAGGUCGGGGUCGCCGCGGACCCUGCCGCGUCUCUGGCCGUCGCCGGGAGGAAGAUGCUGCCGCCGAGCCUCCGUCCCGUCCACCGUCUCCUCGUCCUCGCGCUCCUGGUCCUGCCGCUGCCCUCGCCGACCCCCGCCCGCGCCCCCGCGCCCCCGGGCCCCGCGGCCGCCCUGCUCCGGGCUCUCGGGCUGCACGAUGCGCCCCGCGGCGCCCCUACGCCCCGGCCGGUGCCUCCGGUCAUGUGGCGCCUGUUCCGCCGCCGCGACCCCCAGGAGGCCAGAGCGGGCCCGCGACGGGCGUCCCCGGGGGCCGCCGUCCGACCGUGCCACGUGGAGGAGCUGGGGGUCGCCGGAAACAUCGUGCGGCACGUCCCGGCCCGCGGUGCGCGCGCCCGGCCCGCGGAGCCCGCGGCGGCGACGGGGGCGCCGUGCCCCGAGUGGACCGUGGUGUUCGACCUGGCGGCCGUGGACGACGCCGAGCGCGCGAGCCUCGCCCGGCUGGAGCUGCGCUUCGCGGCGGCGGUGGCGGCGGCCGCGGGGCCCGGCGCGGGCGGCUGGGAGCUGAGCGUGGCGCUGGCGGGCGACGCGGGCGCGGGGCCCGGGCCGGUGCUGCUGCGGCGCGCCGUGCGGGGCCUGGAGCUGCCGGUGCGCGCUGAGCUGCCGCCCGCCGCCUGCGCCCGCAACGCGUCGGUGCCGCGCGGCCUCCGCCUGGCCCUGGCGCUGCGCCCCGGGAGCCCCGCCGCCCCCGCCGCCUGCGCCGCCCUGGCCGAGGCCUCGCUGCUGCUGGUGACCGUGGACCCGCGCCUGUGCCACCCGCUGGCCCGGCCGCGGCGCGGGGCGGAGGCGGCGCUCCCGGGCGGCGCGUGUCGCGCGCGGCGGCUGUACGUGAGCUUCCGCGACGUGGGCUGGCACCGCUGGGUCAUCGCGCCGCGCGGCUUCCUCGCCAACUACUGCCAGGGCCGCUGCGCGCUGCCCGCGCCCGGGGCGCCGCCCGCGCUCAACCACGCGGUGCUGCGCGCGCUCGUGCCCGGCGCCGGCCCGCCCUGCUGCGUGCCCGCGCGCCUGUCGCCCAUCUCCGUGCUCUUCUUCGACAACAGCGACAACGUGGUGCUCAGGCACUACGAGGACAUGGUGGUGGACGAGUGCGGCUGCCGCUGACCCGCGCCCCAGCAAGGACGGACCGUUUUUGUUAAUGUUUUAUUGGUGACAAAAGAGCUUAAAACAAAUUGACCAAAAAUCAAGUGACA